GUCCUUUUUAUUGCUUAAUAUUUAGGUUCACAUGAGGAGAGUCUCAAAAGAGUGUUUGGAGAAAGUCAAGUUUCAGAGACAGACAUGAAAAUAGCUGUAGCUGAACAUCUACUGGGAAAGAUUUCAACAGGGUGUACAUGCAUUAUUGAUAUUAAUAAAUUAAAAGACAAGGGAAGAUGUCAGUGUGGAUGUGGAAUGUUUCCAUCGUUUGGAUUCACAGGGAUUGGUCAUAAGGAUGUGUGGCAUGGGCAUAUUGAUCUCAUCUUGUCGUCUCAUCAUGGACUACCUUCCUCUGACGUAGCUGUAAAAAUGGUCGAUAUAUGUGAAGAUGAUGUGCCUGCAGAGGAAGAUGAAAUUGAGGAAGAAAUUCCAGGAAAAAGGAGAAAAAAAGAAGGCAAUUUGGAAGAAGCCAGGCAUGCAAGAGAACAGACAUUAGCACAAGCAAUUGUCUUUUCCCUACUUCAAAAGCAGCAGCGACCUAAUUUAAAACAUUUCCUUAUUCCAACGAUUUUAAUAUCCCCAGAAAAGAUGCAGAUUGUGAUGUAUGAUGCAGAAUAUGAUGUGUUGCUCUGCAGUAACAUUAUGGACUUGUUUAUCCCGGGCCCUGAAGGAGCGUGCCUGAGACCAGAGACGGUGAUUAUAAUUUGGACGGUUCUCCAUUAUCGAAUGUUCUGUCCAGGCCUACCCAUUCAAACACGUUCAGUGCUUCAUGCUUAUAGAUCACAUUUCCAGGAACUUGCAAGGGAAAAAUGGGACAUAUAUUCCAAAAAAUUAGAAAGUGAAGUUGCCGAAUUUCCACUGAUUGAUGAAGAGUGUGACUUUAAUGACGUCUUUUUAUAUACCAUGGAUAUCAUUGAUGAUGAAAAUUAAUGUAAAGCUAUAAAGUUAAUACUGAAUUGUGUUCAUGUUUCAAUUUCCUUCAGCUUUCUUUAAGGAAAAAUACGGACUGCUUGUGCAUUUUUUUCUUUCGUUAAACAUGGCGAUUUAAAAAGUCUAUGAUUUUGACAAAAGCAUAAUUUCACUAUUCCGAGCCAGUUAGUCAUGUGAUACAUGUACAAUUCAGAGAGCUGGCGAUGGAAAAUCUGAAACAUACUCGUCAAAAUUGUUUGUAAAUCGAAUGUAAAUUCAUAUCGCAUGACCGCCCCACUGAUCGACUUAUCUGAGCAAGAUAAAUAUCAACAAGAAAUACUUGGAACCUCAUACACAGGGGCUUACUCCUGACGUGUAAUAUCUAAGAGAUAAAUGGGUAAACAUGGGAUAAAUACAUAUAACGUUAUGUAUUAGGCCUACCGGCAAACUUAUCUAUCAUCAUGUAGGGGCCUAGAUAUGUAUGUACAUACUAAAAUAACAGUAUUUGAAAAGUAUUAAGUAUACUAUUUUUAUGCCCCCCUUCAAAGAAGGGAGGGCAUAUUGCUUUGCUGCUGACUGUCGGUCGGUCUGUCGGUCCACUUAGUUUCCGUUCAAUUUCUUCA